CGCGCGCGGUGCUUGGAGUGGAGGCUGAUAUUAUGGCGUCCGUGGUGCUGAGCGAAGCGGAGAAAGUGUACAUCAUGCAUGGCGUCCAGGAGGAUCUUCGGGUUGAUGGCCGUGGCUGUGAAGACUAUAGAUGUACUGAAGUGGAAACAGAUGUGGUAUCUAAUACAAGUGGGUCUGCUAGAGUAAAACUUGGCCACACAGACAUCCUAGUUGGAAUCAAAGCAGAAAUGGGAGCACCAAAGCUGGAUAAACCAAAUGAAGGCUACCUGGAAUUCUUUGUUGAUUGUUCAGCAAACGCCACUCCUGAAUUUGAAGGCCGGGGCGGAGAGGAACUUGGCACCGAAAUAGCAAAUACCCUGUACAGAAUAUUUAAUAACGAGAGCAGUAUUGACCUGAAGCUGCUUUGCAUUAAUGCCAGAGAGCACUGCUGGGUGCUUUACGUUGAUGUCCUGUUACUGGAAUGUGGUGGUAACUUGUUUGACGCCAUCUCUAUUGCAGUGAAGGCAGCACUAUUUAAUACCAGGAUACCCAAAGUACGUGUUUUAGAGGAUGAAGGAGGACGUGAAAUAGAGCUCUCUGAUGAUCCCUUUGACUGCAUUCGGCUUAAUGUAGAAAAUGUCCCCUGCAUUGUCACGCUAAGCAAAAUUGGUUAUCGGCAUGUCGUGGAUGCCACCCUUCAGGAGGAAGCCUGUUCCUUGGCUAGCCUCCUCAUUUCUGUGACAAGUAGAGGUGUCCUAACUUGUAUGAAGAAAGUGGGAAGAGGGAGCCUUGAUCCAGAAAGCAUAUUUGAGAUGAUGGAGACAGGGAAGAGGGUAGGCAAGUUAUUACACACCUCAUUGCAAACUAUCUUAGACAAAGAAGAGAGUCUUGGAACAACACGGAAAAAAAUUGGAUUCCUGGGAUGAGCACCAUCUGGACAUUAAUCUAGUUGAUGGGUCGGUUUGUUUGUUCCUUACAAUUUUUUAUAAAUAUGAAUGUGUAUUCUUUAAAUAAAGGUGGGUGUUCUCCUCCCCUC